AUGCCGAGUGUGGAGCCAGUACCGCGUUCGCUACUUGAAUAUGCGCAGGAAAGUAGGCAGGCUGGGCGUGACGGGGACUCCAGCGUCGAUUCACCGCUGGGCCUAACGGUGUGGGCAACUGAGUCGCUACGGAUAUUCGGCGGCUCCGGCUACGGCUGUCGACAGUCCUGCUCGGAUGCCGACCCCGUGGAUGUUGGAGAUAUCCCACCCAUAUGUGCGAGUCCAAUCAUGAGACUUCGCAUUUCAAGCGCGCGCUCCUGA